GGGCCGGGCGGCUGCGAGACGGGUGCGCGGCGGCCGCUCCCGCGUCACUGCGCCGGUGGCUGCGGCGGGGAGAUGCGGCUCGCGGCGCUGGUAGCGGCCGUGCUGCUGGCGCGGGCUCCGGCGCCGGAGGUGUGUGGUGCCUUGAAUGUCACCGUGUCCCCGGGACCAGUGGUUGACUACCUGGAGGGGGAGAAUGCCACGCUCUUGUGCCACGUCUCCCAGAAGAGGCGAAAGGACAGCUUGCUGGCCGUGCGUUGGUUCUUCUCUCGCCCCAACUCCCCGGAGACCUUGAUGGUGAAGAUGACCAAGCUCCGGCUGGUGCAGUACUACGGGAAUUACAGCCGCAGUGCCAACCGGCAGAGGCUGCACCUUCUAGAGAAGAGGCGCGGGGCACUCUACAUGCUUUCCAUUCUGACCCUCAGGCCUGCCGACCAAGGCCACUAUGCCUGCAAAGUUCAGGAAAUCAGCAAGCACAGGAAUAAGUGGACAGCCUGGUCUAAUGGUUCCUCAGGGACAGAGAUGAGAGCUGAAGAGGAUACCCAAGUCAAGAUGAUGAUGCCAAUGACUUCUCUCCAAGUUCCAGAAGACUCAUCCUUUGAGAAAAAGAAAGAUACAUGGGCAUUUUUUGAAGAUCUCUACGUAUACGCUGUGCUCGUGUGCUGCGUGGGCAUCCUCAGCGUCCUGCUCUUCACUCUGGCCAUCGUCUGGCAGUCCGUGUUUAACAAGAGGAAAUCUAGAGUGAGACAUUAUUUGGUGAAAUGCCCUCAGAACAGCUCAGGGGAGACUGUCACCAGCGUGACCAGCUUGGCCCCAUUGCAGCCCAAGAAGGGCAAGAGGAGGAAGGAGAAAGCUGACAUCCCUCCCGCUGUUCCAGCCAAAGCUCCCAUAGCCACCACGUUCCACAAACCGAAGCUGCUCAAACCACAAAGGAAAGUCACCCUGCCAAAAAUUGCCGAGGAGAACUUGACCUAUGCCGAGCUGGAGCUGAUCAAACCCCACCAGGCAACCAAAGGUGCCCCCACCAGCACGGUCUACGCCCAGAUCCUCUUUGAGGAGAACAAGCUGUAACCACGCGUCUUUGCCCAUGGCCCUAUUUAAUACCCGCCACCCCAGUUAUUUAUGAAACUCUGGAAACAAAGUCCUUAUUUUUGUAUUUUCACUGGUGCCUUCUGUGUGGUGGACAGGGACCCCCUUUCCGACGCUGUUCAGGUGCCUCCAAGGAGGGACGGGCUGUUUCCCACCGGCACAGGACCGACUGCUUGUUGGAAAACCUUCCAGGGCCCAACUUCAGGUCUGAGCCACGAGGGCUGAGACUCAAUUCUGAGUGUACCCAAAAGAGACUUUAUGCUGAGCCAGCCCCUCUUCACAUCCUCUUCUUUCUUUGUUUUAGUUUUUUUAGUCUUAAAAACAAAUAAUAAUCUUUAUUUUAAUCUUCUCUUCUUCCUGUACCCGUGAUAGCAAACUUAUAGUCUAGGGUAGAGGAAAUGAGUGCCAUUGCAGGUCGUAGAGUGACAGGGUAGAUGGGUGAAUGUUGGUUUUCAUGAAUCAGAAAGCAGGGGGGCACCCAAGCAGAGCAGAGCGGGAUGGAGCAGAUCAGAACUGAACAGAACAGAGCAGGGCAGAACAGAGUUGAGCAGAGCGAAACAGCAGAACACAGCAGGACAAAGAGCAGAGCAGAACAGAGCACAGCACAGCAUAGCACAGCACUUAUUACAAGGAGGCGCUCAAGAGAGCAUCUCUUGUUACAGAUGUGUUGGCCCCAGCACUAUGAAGACAGAGUCAAAGAGGGAAUCCGAGGUCAAAGCCCAUGGUGAGCCCUCUCGGGAUACCCCAAUUGCUCACUUCCGCCUCUCCAGCCCCCAGUUGCACACCCUUCCAAAGGCUUCAGCCCUCCUGCCUCUCCUAGUGAGAAAUUCCUGUUCUCUGAGCAGUUCUUCAUUUUCCCAAACAGAGCAGGGCGGGUGGGGCCCUUUGACACACAGCAGGAAGCAGAUUGCAAGCAGAGGGCUGAAUUUCCCGACCCUGACUCAAUGUCUGCCCUCACCACGGGGGUGUUCUGCCGGCUCCCUCAGGGGUCGGAGAAGUGCAAGCCUGACUGGACAAGGGUGGCCUGGAGCCGUCAAAGCCACGAAGUGCCUUGCCCGGCUCAACUCUGAGUGUGAAUUCGUUUGCAGGGGCGAGUGUCCCGUGGGGAGGCUCACUGGAGGUGGAUCCAGUCUAGGAAAGAUCUCUCCUGUAACCUGUGUUGUUAUGGACACUUCUGAUGCCUAAAUGCACUUAGCAUUUUUACCGCACACCACAGAAAUUGUUGUGUUUGUAAUGGAUUAUGUAUAUAUGGUAAAUUAUAUAUUUUAAAGAGUA